ACUUGUUGACUGCCACGCUGCAAAAUACACUUGGGAACAAAUAAAUUUAGUUGUUUCUAACAAUAAGAUGGGAGCCAUUAUGGUGAGGUUGAGGUACUGGGAAGAUGGAGGUAAUAUUUAGUUUAUGUACUGGAAGGAAAUCAACCGAAGUUUGGUUGGUUAAUGGGGGUUUGAAGCCUAUCUACUAAACAAGAAUACUUUAAUACCUACAGUAGGUAUUACACUGGCAGUAUUUAAUACUGAGAAACAUGUACCUCUCAGUGUACAUUAUCUUGUUGCUUACACUGACAGGUUGGGCAGUAUAUCAGGUGUUUUGGGGGUCAACGCCCCCGAAACCCGGUCCAUGACCAGUCCUCGUGGUGAGUCAGGGCUUGAUUAACCAGGCUGUUACUGCUGGCCGCACGCAAACCGACGUACGAACCACAGCUCGGCAAUAUAAUAUGUCAUGAAACAGGAAGUUUCCUGACGCGGCUCUUAGUUAUAUGACGACCCACAGCUGGAGCUUUUAGUCAUCUGGCUGAGGCCUUCCACUGGCUUACCGGUCCACCCCUUUAAAAAUUAUGGUCAUGAUUAUAACCUAUUCCCCUUCCUAAUACGUGAUCAUCUCGGCUGGUCAGGAACUGACUAUAUCUAAGUCAAUAUUCAACAUUAGACUUAUGGAAGCAAGAAACUUGAACUGAUGCCAUGAACAGUCAUGGUAUUGUAUUUAAAUAACAACAUGAAUGUAUUUAUUUCAACAACUUUCAUAGCUGAUAUCAUCAGUUAUUCACACUAAUGUUAGGAAGAAACUUACAUUAUUAACUAAUAUAAAAUACAAAGAACAUUUAAGUAUUUUUUUACGAUUUAAAAUAACAGUGAAUGUUAAGAUGGCGGGAGUUUGUGUCGUGACUAGUGUGAUGCUCUCCAUUAUCUCACCUUAAUUCUACGUUUACUAGCAAGUGAGAUGAAUUAGCAUCACAGUGUUUAUACCAGCAAUGCUACAAGACAACCUGCAGAGAAUGUUACAUAGUAGUUUUGCUGGAUUAAGGCAGGAGAGCUGUACACCAGAUUGUUGGUCUGGCAUCAACCCUCAUGAUCCAAGGUGAUGGUGGGGUGGCGGCGCAGUGCUCUGGUGCGAGGUAGCUUCCUCUUAAACGUGGUGUUCGCGCUAUAUGUAGCGCUACAUGUAGCGUCACCACCGCGCCUCCUGGCUCCCCGUGGCUCUCUCUCACUCCUCCAUGACAACCUUACAGCCUCACCAGACCCAGCUGACUACCCCACCGAGGCUGACUCUACUCUCGAUGACCCUUCAGAGCCUCCAGCGCCGCCCACGCCCGCGCCCACCCUCCAGGAGAAGGUAUACCCUGACCUACACGCCUGUCAUACGCCCACACUGACAGAGCGCCCCGCACUGCACGGCACACACUGGGUCUUGUAUAACUAUAUUCCCGCUGACACGCAGCCAGCUUGUAAUGAAUCAGUGACGUAUACUACCCACGCUGACUUUACCUUCCUGGAUAACGUUGUUCCACUGGUGGAACGAUGGCGUGGCCCGGUCAGUGCCGCAGUCUUCUCCCCCGGGGGAGACUUCAACACCACGCUGCGCACAGUGGCCUUCCUGCGCACCUGCCGAGCACUGGUAGCCAAACACGUCACCUUCCAUCUGUUUUUUCCUGCUGAACAUAUGCCCACCCACGUGCCGCCCAGCGGGCAGUUGCUAUCUCAACGACCCUCGUGUUCCACACCGCCCCCAUACCUCGCCGCCCAUACUUACAAGCGCGCCCACAACCUCACCUACCCAGUCAACAUAGCGCGUAAUAUAGCACGCCGCGCUGCGGCUACGUAUUUCGUGUUGGCUAGCGACGUGGAGCUUUACCCGUCCCUGGACUUCAUUAAUUUCUUCAUGGAGAUGAUGCGACGUCAGGAUGCGUCGCGGACGCCCACACCUACACGUCGGGUUUACGUCUUGCCAAUCUUCGAGGUGAAGAGUGGUCUGCGCCCACCUUCCAGCAAGCCUGCGCUUGUGCGCAUGCUCAAGAGAGGCUCCGCAAUACCUUUCCACAAGUUCGUGUGCCCUCAGUGCCAUAAAGUACCGGGCAUGCGAGAAUGGGCAGACUCCAACGCUACGGACACGAUCAACGUGGUAAUGGUGGCCAAGCGCCACCCUCCCUUCCACCACUGGGAACCUAUCUACGUAGGUACCCACCUAGAACCUAUGUACGAUGAACGUCUCUCGUGGGAAGGUCGCUCCGACAAGAUGACGCAAAUGUACGUGAUGUGCGUGCUGGACUACGAGUUCCACGUACUGGACAACGCCUUCCUGGUACAUCGUCCUGGUAUCAAGCGGCACCGGCGGGAUCGGCAUCGCGACCUGCUCACAGCCCAUCAGAACUCUCUCCUUCACAACAAGAUCACUCCUGAACUUCAUACCAUCUACGGCAAGAGAGGAAUGUGCUUCUUGUAGCGUUUACAGAGUUUGAGCUGUGUAGCUGACAUGAGAGACUACCAUCGUCACCACAAGCAUCGUCACCACAACCACCGUCACCACAACCACCGUCACCACAACCACCGUCACCACGUUCAUCGUCACCACAACCACCGUCACCACGUUCAUCGUCCUCAGCCACCGUCACCACAACCACCACCACUUCCAUCACCACCAGCAUCUUGCUAUGAAGUCCAGCGAUGUAAGAGUCCGUUAGAGGGCAACAUGUCGCCAACUUGCUGUGUAUUCGUCUUUGAAUAUCAUACUCAGAAAAUCCAUGUUCAUACGAACCUUCAAGUGUAACUUGUAGCCCCAACACUAUCCACUAUGAAAGACUUGCUUGAGGAACAAGACACGCUGAGUAGAAAGUCACAUUUUCUUCCCACUUCUAACAUGUAACUCUAGGAGUGUUAUCGAAAAAAAUUGGUACUUCAGUAAGUGUUAAUUAGUGCAUCUUUACAGUACUAAAUCUUACGUAGACUUGAAAAUAUUGUUUAAAGUGUUAUUAGUCAGAUACUAAGUGCAUAUCAGUGUUAAUAUCGAACAACUGUGAUG